UAGUUCAAACUCUGAUUCAUCCCGCCAACCUUGAGCGUCCUAUUUGGCUCUCUGGUGCUCUGGCCGAAAUGAAGUUGAAGUAUGCCUGCUGGUAUGCCUUCUCUUCAAUGUUUCCGAAAUAAAACUCUGCAUCUGGCCUGGCGGAACACUUCGAUGUAGCAAUACAGCAGAAACAGGCUUGAACCCAGCCUUGCGCGCCGAGUUGUCUUCGCCAGCAGCGCGAGCCAAAAGUCCGAAAAUAACCGUGCAUGUACUUGUGUUGUGUUUGCCUCGCUCGGUCCAGUCUGGAUUAGAUGCAGGGGUACGUACUUCUCUACAGUCAGUCACGCUUAGUUCGCAUUGAAGUAACGAGCAGUGCAAUGGAAAAGCUUUUCGUUGAGCAUCCUGUGCAACUUCGGCUUUCUCUCGGGCAAUGGGAUCGCUUGGGGGUGCUGAAAUACGAAAAAUGGCUGGGUGCCAAAAUUAGAUCUGGCGAAAAGGACAAGGUAGCACGAUGCAAUAGCGCGGGUAGUAUUUACUCCCUCCGCAGCUUCUUAGAACCAGGCAUGUUUGAUGAAGGCAGCAGAAGCACCUUCGAAAGCCAUAUAGAGACCGAGGACACAGCAACACCAAAGCCCGAAGUUGUGUCCGGCUGGGCCUUAUCUCUCAAGAACCUCCUGACCGACCCGAAUGGAUUGCCCAUGUUCCUGAAAUACUGCACACAACUUCUGUGUGAAGAGAAUCUGCUCUUCUGGCAAGCAGUUGAGGAUUUCCGUAACGCUGGGUAUGCGGAGGAGGAGGUUCAAUACGUGGGCAAGAACAUCUUCAGUGACUUCAUACACCAUACUGGCAAACACCAGGUCAAUCUCAACAGUAAGACAUCCAAGGCUGUCAAGGCACGGGUGAAAGAGCAAGACAUCACGCUCGAUAUGUAUGACGCCUGUCAGACCGAGAUCUUUGAGCUGAUGAAGACAGACUCCUAUCGCAAGUUCUUGCAGAGUGAUGCAUACAAGGAUGUUCUUUGUUUGGAACUGGAUGGCAAGACACUGCCCUGGGAAGAAGUGGAUGAACCGUCCGCGCAUAGUCGCAGGAAAGGAUUUCUCAGCUUCUUGCGCAAGGAUAAGCGAAAGUUUGGAAGUGGGCUGGCCGCAAGCGAUGAUAAGAAGUCAUUUGACACGGCAAGCAAUACGGACUCACAGCUCACCACUCUCGGCCGCAUGGACAAGAAAUUCCACAUCCGCACAAAGUCCUCCGCCAGCCAGCUACUCCGACAGGAGCCACCCCAAGAUUCAACAAAGUGAAUCUGCGUAAGAGCUUAGCUCCAUCAUUAGGGUGGAGCUCAGAAAACAUCCGUGCGUGCAUGCUGCAUGAAACCACGUCAUUAACUGUAUCGCAGCCCGGGCACCCGGGAAAUUGUGCCGUGAUAUUCGGGCAUAUGAGUGCGGUGCCAGCCAAUUCCAUCCCUCGUGUUCCUCUGCCCCUAUCGCCCUGCACUAGUCACAGCAUGAGUCUGUUGACCACCUGCAGCAUGGCUUCACAGCUGACUGGGGAGCUAACGUGUUAGCAGAUGGAGACACCGUCAUACCCUCCAGGUGCUAUUCUGCACUGCAGGAAUUCAGCUUUGGGUCGAGUGGAUGUUCUUCCCAUCGGUCUUGGUGAUCGAAUAUAUGCCGCUGUUUACAAGUGGGCGCUGCCUUCGUUUUCUCGCUGCCGCAAGCUGCUGUUUCCCUCGCACCGUGUAUUUACGCAUGGCAACACCUUGGUGAGGCAUCUCUAUGUCUGCCGUCAUCUCAACUUCUUGGGAUCUUCUCUAGCUCUCUCUCUCUCUCACUCUCUUCCUCUCAUUCUCUAUCUCUCGCUCCCUCUCUCUCUCUCUCUCUCUCUCUCUCUCUCUCUCUAUCUCUCUCUCUCUCUUUCUCGCUCUCUUUAUCUUUUCCUCUCUCUCUCAAUCUUUUCCUCUCACUCUCUAUCUCUCUCUCUCUCUCUCUCUCUCUCUCUCUCUCUCUCUCUUUCUCGCUCUCUUUAUCUUUUCCUCUCUCUCUCAAUCUUUUCCUCUCACUCUCUAUCUCUCUCUCUCUCUCUCUCUCUCUCUCUCUCUCUCUUUCUCGCUCUCUUUAUCUUUUCCUCUCUCUCUCAAUCUUUUCCUCUCACUCUCUAUCUCUCUCUCUCUCUCUCUCUCUCUCUCUCUCUCUCUCUCUCUCUCUCUCUCUCUCUCUCUCUCUCUCUCUAUCUAUCUAUCUAUCUCUGUAUAUCUCAUUUUCAUUUUGUACCGGAUGCCAUUUCUAUUUUUGGUUUUGUUUACUAUUACUAUACCGGUGUGUGUGCCGCUUGUUUAUGAUCGUUUAGUUUGCUUUCCCUCGUGUAGGCUAUGAGAUCGAAAAGCUGUGUCCGCUGCUGUCGCUGCUUGCAUCUUGUCUGCCAGAAGGACCUUGCUGCUGCUGCUACUGUUGCUUUCCCUCGUGUAGGCUAUGAGAUCGAAAAGCUGUGUCCGCUGCUUGCAUCUUGUCUGCCAGAAGGACCUUGCUGCUGCUGCUACUGUUGCUUUCCCUCAUGUAGGCUAUGAGAUCAGGAAGCUGUGUCCGCUGCUGUCGCUGUUUGCAUCUUGUCUGCCAGAAGGACCUUGCUGCUGUUUAUGUGAUUCUGGCAUUUUUUGUCUUUGGGCAUGGUAUGUAUGCUCCCCAUCACCUGUACAGUGCCAGUACAGUGCACCAGGCUUACGCUGCCGACGAUAUGUUCUAAUGUAGGGUUUUGCACUGCGUACUCUCUCUCUCUCUCUCUCUCUCUCUCUCUCUCUCUCUCUCUCUCUCUCUCCAUUGUUCGUCUUGCCUCUCUCUCUCUCUCUCUCUCUCUCUCUCUCUCUCUCUCUCUCUCUCUCUCUCCAUUGUUCGUCUUGCUCUAGCUGCGUUAUGUCUUCCGUUCCUAACACCCUGGGUUUGUUUCCUCGUCCUCUUGUCAUUGUGUACCUGUUCGUGGCUCAGCAGCGACCCCUUUGCAUAUUCACGUUAUCUCUAGCUUCCGUAAUACCAUACACAAGAACAUUCUCAUCAUCAUCAUUCAUUACGGUUUUCUUGUUCCGGCUGAAAGGCGUUUGGGUGCAGAAUAUUUUUGACUUUUCCUUUGAAUCUUUUGUGUCGCUAAUCCUUGUCUGCAGUUUACCUAACUGCUUGCUUGCUUGCGCUUAAAUUAAAUGCCGUUGCUUCAUCACGGUCAAAUUUGCAACUCUACAAUGUGGCUCGUGGCAACACAGAUCACGACGAGACCAGUCGGCUCUGCAUUCCGGUGCAAAGAAAAGUAAUUCUAUUUAUGCGCCUUUUUUCGCAUUCUGCCACUUCACAUGUUAGAUAAUAAUUAUUGUUCUCCGCGUCUUUUAGAUCCCUUACCUUUUAGUUGACCUGCAUUGAUUUUAUCAAGUACUGACCA